UCACAAGUAUCGUGUGUGCGUGUCGGCUAUAGCAAUUAGAGCUUUUUACACGGCGGCUAUUACUAGCAUAAUUUCUAUCGCUGCUAGCACGUUGCUAUUCGAAUUGUACAUUUAAUGUCGAUUAUUUGAUCGUGAAGAUUGUUGCUGAGGGAAAAAAAUGGGUUAUUGCUCGCCACUUUUAUUCGUACUUUCGGUGCUCGGGCUGUUCUUUCAUGCGGGUGGUGUCGAGCUAACCUUCGAGCUACCCGACAAUGCCAAAGAGUGCUUUUACCAGCCAAUUGAAAAAAAUGUCACGUCUACACUCGAGUUCCAGGUGGUAACUGGAGGACAAUACGACGUGGACGUUACUUUGGAAUCUCCAACAAAUGAAAUAAUUUACAAGCAGAUAAAAACACAGUUUGAUUCCCAUACAUUUACACCAACAGUAAGCGGUGUAUACAAAGCUUGUUUUAGCAAUGAAUUCUCUACUUUCUCACAUAAGCUAGUUUAUAUGGAUUUCCAAGUUGGAGAUGAACUACCUCUGCCUGGUCUUGGUGAACAUGUUACUGUAAUGACACAAAUGGAAUCUUCUGCUCAAGAAAUUCAUAAAAAUCUUAACAGUAUCCUUGAUUAUCAAACACAUCAUCGUCUGAGAGAAGCUCAGGGUCGUAAGAGAGCAGAAGAUCUAAAUGAACGUGUGCUGUGGUGGUCAAUCCUUGAAACUCUUGCCAUUGUUAUUACAAGUUUUGGUCAAGUUCUGAUCUUGAAGAACUUCUUCACUGAUAGAAAAUCAACAUAUUAGAUUAGAUCAAUGAGUUAGAGAACAUUUUGGAUGAUAAGUCAGCUUUGAAGCAUAUUCUAUUUUUUGGCAAUAUCCAAACUUAAAGUUUUUGGAUUCUGCUGAAUGGAGGAACUAAGGACCUUUAUUUGUGAAAUGUGAAAGUUGUAUACAGAGUUUGAAUACAGUUGUAUAUUUUUUUUCAUUGCAAAACAUAAAAAUUAUCUCACAGGUUUGCUAAUAAUAGUAGUCUGUUUUGUAAUAUUUGAAGUGAUAUAAAUGACAGAAUGUCUGAGAGAUUGUGUUUUUUCAUAAGGUGUAAAGUGCUAGAUAUAGUACAUGUAUAAUAUAAAUUUUUGGAUAAAAAGCCUGCCAUACACAUUAAAAUCGAAACAUCUUUGUUUUUUCAAUAUAUUUUUAUCAAUUAACACGUUAUUAUUCAUAAAAUCCGUGAAAUAAAAUUUGUUGUUGGAAUAAAUAUGUUUGUUUCUCUGUAUCCCUACUUU